AGUUAUUCAAAUAAAUAAAAACUGUUUGCCAAAAUAAAAUAUUACAAAUCAAAUAACUAAGUGUAAGUGCUGUCUGUCAUUAAGCAAAGUGUAAUUAUGACAUAACUUUAGUGACGCAUGACAUGACGUGACACAACGAGAGAAGCGUCGUCUCGCGAAAUUGGCCGCGCACCUUCGAUUUGAAAUUUUAAAAUUUCAAUUUCCAGUGUGCGCGUGGAUAUUGAAGCAGCGCGAGGUGAGAGUCUUAACGCUUGUUGCAAAGAGUGGUCGAAAUUCGCAUAUAAGUGUGAAAUGUCGUAAAUGAAUUUUCAAUACGACGAAAAACUAAUAAAUAAAGUGCAAACACCUUUAAAAGACAAACAUAAAUUGAGUUGAUUUGUGUUACAACGUGUUAAUUCACUUAAAUUUAAGUGUGCCAGUGAUUUAUGACUUAAUUAUAAUCAAUACAUUUCAACAAAACAUCGCAAAAUGUAUAAUGAUUUAAAAUACCAAGAAGAUGAUGAUGAUCAUCAGGAUCAUGAACCGGAAAAGAAAGAAGAUCUCCUAGAAGCCACUGUGGGAAGUUUUGGGCGAUGGCAAUUUGUAAUUUCUUUCUGUAUGGCGAUGCUUAAAUUGCCAAUUGCGUGGAUUCAGCUAGGCAUUGUUUUCUUAGCGCCUCCAACGGAGUUCUGGUGUCGUGCUCCGGAAGAUUAUAAACUAUAUACUCGUGAAAAAUGGAUCGAACUGAUCGCACCAGGAAAUGCAUCUAGUUUUGAGGGAAACAGUGCACGAUGUGUGAUGCGAAACAUAGAACUACCUUCAGAUUCAUGGGCCCUGCAACCUUGUAAAUGGGGAAUGGACUACGAUCGUUCUAUUUUUGAAACAAAUAUCAUCAGUGAAUGGAAUUUGGUAUGCGGAAAGGAACAUUUUGUAGACUUGACCCAAUCAAUGUUAAUGUUUGGGAUUCUUGUUGGUAGUGCAGUUUUUGGAACAUUAGCAGAUAAAUUUGGCCGUAAAAUCAUCCUUAUGAUUUGUAUCGUCAUGCAAGCUUUUUGUGGUUUAGUAUCUGCAUGGUCCCCAUGGAUAAGUAUAUUUCUAGCACUCAGAUUCUUCAUGGCGAUGGCCAAUGGGGGUACAAUGAUUGUUUCCUUUGUAAUCUGUAUGGAAAUUGUCGGUGGAAAAUGGCGUCGAAUUGUUCCGAUUUUAUAUCAAAUUCCUUUCGGACUAGGCAAUACUAUAAUGGCUUUAGUUGCUUACUAUUUCCGGACUUGGAGAGAAUUUCAAAUUACGUUAUCACUUAUGAGUGGAAUCUUUAUAGUUUACGCAUGGAUAAUUCCUGAAUCGCCACGCUGGUUACUAGCAAUGGACAGACGAAAAGAAGCUUGUGAAAUUUUAGAAAAAGCCGCUGAGAUGAACAAUAUUGAUGUAAUGCGGGUCCGCAGCAGAUUUUUAGAAACUAGAAGAUAAAAACCAGAAUCCACUCCUGGAUUUGCUGAUUUAGUAAGAACACCAACAUUAAGACAACGCACUUUUAUUCUCACAUCAAGUUGGUUUAUGAGCGGAUUGACAUUAUAUGGCUUUACGCAAUACUUGGGCCACCUCGGUUCCAACAUCUAUUUCAACGUCUCGGUCGGUGGUUUAAUCAUUAUACCCGGCACAUUGCUCUGCGUUUUUAUAAUCAGCAAAUGCGGACGCAAGUGGACAAUUCUCUGCACCAAUUUAUUCAUUUCUGCGUGUUUUAUUUCGAUUCUACUCAUUCCAGCACAAUCUUUUCAAAAUGACUGGCCUAGGGUCAUAUUUGCUGCUUUGGGCGUGUUCGGACUAUCGGUUGCAACACCAACUUUAUAUUUGUUCACCGGCGAGUUGUAUCCAACUGUAAUUAGAAACGUCGGAGUUGGCGCCUGUAUUACCUUCUCGAGGGUGGGAAGUAUGAUUUCACCGUUUGUUGUAUCCAUGGGACAGUCAGUUCCGUUUUUACCGUUGAUAAUACUUGCAAUUUGUGCUGCCAUGCAAAGUAUAUUGAUUUUACCAUUGCCGGAUUCUGGAAAUACUUUGGCCGAUACAAUUAGUGAUGUUGAAAUGUGCGAAACUGGAAAUUGUUCUCGGAAAGAUUCCCAUGACGAUUGUCUCUAUGGUGCGGUUCCAGAUGAAAAUCCCAUUAUGCAGUAAAUUUUAAAAAUCAAACAGAUCUUUUUAAUAGUAUUUAAGAGUGAUUGACUUGAACAAUUUUUCUACUGUUUUGAAACCAAAUUGAAGUAUUUUAUAUCAUUUUAAGACUUAACUUAGAAUUUAAGAAACGUAUGUAUAAAUAUUAGUUACUUAGGUAUUUUAUAUUUAAAACCACGCAUAAAAAUUAAUGCCUAGAUAGAUUGUUAGUUAUUACUAAUAACCCAUGUUAAACUAUCACAAUCUUGACUUUGACACUGAUUUUCUUAGCCUAAAUAUAUAUUUUAUAUUUCAAA